AUGGCGACGCCGCCUCCAGAGGCUCCUUCCGUUCUUAAGGAGGAGAAGCCUCAACUGCCGCCGUCGCCAAAUGGCGUAUCUGAUGGUGGUCCCACAGGCGUGGAUACUCCCGUUACCGAUGCCAAACCAGACGCGUCAGUGAAUGGGGCAGAAAAACCCACGUCGCCUAAGCCUGCUGCGGUGAAUGGCCACGGUGCAGAGAAUACCCCUACCAAUGGUGCCGAAGCAGCAUCGCCUCCCAAGUCCCCGGCUCACACUCCUGCUGAUGCCUCGCCUCAACAAACCGCAUCAUCCGAAGCAGCUAAACCUUCGAACAUGGAUUCUGCUGCGACCGAUGAUGUCACCCAAGAAACAGUCGGAGAUAAGCCUACUUCAAGUGGACCGACCGCGCAGGAGCCUUCUAACGGCGCCAGCGCAGACAAGCCUGCCCCCAGUGACCCCCAACCCUCCCAGGAUGUUGCGAAGCCGUCGGCAGAAGAACCCUCGUCUGGUACCAGUGGCGAAGGACAAGCGCAGCAGCCACAAGAAUCCCCUUCGGUGAAAACUGAACUUCCUCACCAUCCUCCCACCAGUGCCAAACCUGACAGCGUAUCGAAUGAUGCUCCUGCCAGCAGUGCGCCGUCUGUCCCCCCUCUGCAGACUACAGAUCAGGAGAUGAAGGAUGCGCCGGAAGCUCCGGCCUCUCCGACGAAAGUGUCGCGGGAGCGUGAGCCAGAUCCCGCCGACGAGCCAGCCGCAAAGCGUACCAAGAUCGGGGAUGAGGCGUCGGCGCCCGUGGAAUUCAAAGCUCCCGAGCCCCCUACGCCGACGACUGAAGCACCCGCGGAGCGAAAGACCAACGGGGAUGCUAGCAUGACCAAGGUUCAGCACAAGUUCCUCUUGAAGGGUAUUCAGAGCCUCAAGCGUAUGAACGACUCACGUUUCUACCGGGAGCCUGUCGACCCCGUUAGGAUGAACAUCCCCCACUAUCCCCACUUCAUCAAGCAUCCCAUGGAUCUUGGAACCAUCGAGCGCAAAUUGAAGCACAAUGAGUACAAGUCGGCGCAGGCAGUUGUUGAUGACUUUGCUCUUAUGGUGAAUAAUGCUUUGCAGUUCAACGGCCCCGAUCACAUCGUUACGCAAGAGGGACAAAAGCUCAAGGCCACCUUCGACAAACAGAUGGUUAACUUGCCCAAGCCCGAUGAAGUUGAGGAAAAGAAACCCAAGAAAAUAUCGCAGAAGACCUCGGCUGCCCGUAGGGAGCCACGAACAAGUAUCGGGCACAAUCCCCCUGCGCGUCCGACUGGCAACUCACCCCAAGCAACAACCUUCGCCCUGGGGCCGGAAGGUCUGCCGACCAUCCGUCGCGAUUCUACCACUGUCGACGGACGGCCUAAACGGUCCAUCCACCCUCCCAAGCGAGAUCUUCCUUACUCGACGAAGCCAAAGAAGAAGAAGUAUCAAUGGGAGCUGAGGUUCUGUCAGGAGCUGCUGGAUGAUCUGCACAAAUCAAAGCAUUACAGCUACGCCGUGCCGUUUUACUUCCCUGUGGAUCCGGUCGCCUUAAACAUCCCGACAUACCACAGCAUCAUCAAGAAACCGAUGGAUAUGUCGACCAUGAAACAAAAAUUGAAAACCGGUCAGUAUGAGAACGCCAAGGAGUUCGAGCUUGAUAUGCGCCAGAUCUUCAAAAACUGCUUCAAAUUCAACAUUGCGGGUGAUCCGACCUAUUUGGCGGGCCAGAAAUUCCAGGAGGUUUUCAACGAGAAAUGGGCGCAGAAGGGCCGCUAUUUGGAAGCACACGAACCGCACCCAGAGCACCACAGCGCCGCUUCUUCCGAUGAGAGCGAGGAGGAAGCUGAGGAAAGCGAGUCUGACAAUGAGAAACUGGGUCUGUUGCAGAAGCAGAUUGAGGAGAUGUCGCGUCAAGUAGAAGCCAUCACGCAGAAGAAGAAGAAGACCCCUCCCGGAUCCAAGAAGAUUGGAGGAGGAGGUAAAGGGAAAUCCGCCAGCAAGAAGGAGGCCAAGAAGCCCGUCUCCGUGAACCCGGCCAAGAAGGACAAGAAGAGCAUUAGCUCGAAACAUUCCAAGCCUGAAAAGCCUCGCUGGGUCACGUACAACGAAAAGCAGGUUAUUUCUAAUGGCAUCAGUAGCCUUCCCGACAAGAAGAUGCAAGAGGCUCUCAAGAUCAUCCAGAGCAAUGUUCCAAGUCUCAAGGUAUGUUACCUAUAUCCAUCUCUGUCAGCCGCAGCUAACCAUCAUUCAAAAGGGCACCCAAGAGACGGAAAUUGA